CAUGCCACCAACCGAGAACGCUUCCGAAAAAAAAAACCGAACAAGCUCUCUCCGCCGCCGCAAAUGGAGGCGCUCCUCCGGUGGGCGGCAGAGCUGGGCGUAUCCGACUCCCUGUCCGCGCCCGCCUCCUCCUCCUGCCUCGGCCGCUCCCUCGUCGUCGCUGAUUUCCCUGACGCGGGCGGGAGGGGCUUCGCGGCGGCUCGGGACCUCCGGCGCGGCGAGCUGGUGCUGCGCGUGCCCCGCGCUGCCCUGCUCACCAGCGACCGCGUCAUGGCCGAUGACCCCAGGAUUGCUUCCUGCGUAGAUGCCCAUCGCCCUCGCCUCUCCAGCAUCCAGGUAAUGCCGUAUCUUCAGGCAACGGUUCAGUUUUUAUGUACUAAAACAUGCUCAUGUGAAAUUGUUCUAGAAUUUACCAAGUUUUGGGGAUAAAUGGG